AAGUAUAUGUGAAAUGGUAUUAUUUAUGACAAGUGGGGUCAAAAGUAGUUUUUUGUUUAUAUAAAUAAAUUGACUUGGAAAACCUCAGAAUAAGGAAUUAUUAUAUAAAGCAUGAACCAAUGCAUAAGAUGAAUCAGAAAGCAGUUGCUGAAGAUUCAUCAUCUUCCUCAAACAGUUUCACCAUACCAGAGUUGUAACCAAAUGGAAGAACAACUGAAUGAUUUAGAGAAAAAAUGGAGUGAGAUGCUUAAAAAUGUGACUGCUCCAAACAUUGAUGAAAUCGAUAAGCAAUGCAUUUAUAGGGUACCAACAAAUAUUCGUAAACAUAAUCCCAAAGCCUACACACCUCAAAUUGUUUCCAUUGGUCCUUAUCAUCACAACGGUAUUAAGCCAACGGGGCUUAAACUGAAAUAUGUCAAGGCCUUCCUAGAUCGAAAAAAAUUAUCCGAGAAAGUAUUGUUUGCCAAAAUUAAAGAGAUAUGCAAAAACACCAAUAGUAUUCGGAGCUGUUAUGCAGAGACGAUUGAAUGUAAUGAUGUUGAUUUGUUGACAAUGAUUUUUGUUGAUGCUUUCUUCAUAAUUGAGCUUUUUCUAAGAUGGCGUGAACCCCAUGUUUGGGAGGAAAAAGACCAUAUAAUGUUAAAACCAUGGAUGCGACUGGGGAUUAAGCAUGACUUGAUGCUACUAGAAAAUCAACUUCCAUUCUCUGUUCUUGAACAACUUUACAACCUCACGAAUGAACCACUCCCCAAUACCAAUGAACCACUCCUUGGUACUACGAAUGAAUCAUUUCGUGGUACCACGAAUGAAUCACUCCGUGUUACACCAUCCUUUUUUAAGAUGUGUGUCAACUGUAUAGGCACUGGAACGAAUUGUUUCAACUGUAUGCGUACGAAAGAACCACUCAUUGGUACGAAUGAAACACUCACCGGAACGAAUGAACCAAAUUUUCGUCAGAUUUGUUUCAACUGUCUUAAGAGCACGAGUUUUGAAAGCGAGUGUCCAGCAGAGAGUCCAAAACACUUCACUGAUUUGCUUAGAUCUUCAAUAAUAUCGUUAUCAAAGAUUGAUCACGGAAAUCAGAACGAACGCGAACAAGAUAUUAAACAUGUAUACAGUGCAAGUCAACUAAUGGAGGCAGGUCUUGAGUUCAAGGUCAGUCCAAAUAAAAGCUUUCUUGACCUGGAGUUAUCUGAAGAUGAUAGAGUGUUGAGCAUGCCAAUCUUGAAUAUCAAUGCCAGUACACAACUUUAUUUCAAGAAUAUGAUCGCAUAUGAACGUUCCCACCAUUCGGCUACAAAAAUCAUUACUCAAUAUGUAGCGAUCCUAUAUUUUCUUAUCAAGACUGAAAAAGAUUUGAACAUACUUGUUGACAAGAAAAUUAUUGUCAAUUGGAGUGGUGAUGCUGAGAACGUGGUUACAAUAAUUAAUAAUCUGGGCUCGAGUAUGAGUAUGCCAGACUUCAUUCCAUACUAUUGCUCCAUCUGCACUCGCUUAAAUAAAUUCUAUGAAAAUCCUCUCAACAAGUACAAGGCUAUAUUCAUACACGACUACUUCAACACUCCUUGGAAAAAGGCAUCUACUAUUGCUGCAAUUGUGCUACUUUUCCUCACGUUUAUUCAGACUGUAUGUUCAAUCAUGUCAGUGGUUCAAAGUAAUUGAAGAGAGGAUUCACUAAAUAAGAAAAAAGGGAGUCACUUGCAUGAUAGGAAACAGAGCACCAGAGAAGCACUUAUUCAUAUGGCAUCAUAGGCUCAAAAGCUACAGUAUGCAAUUUUAUCAUCAGAAAUUCCUUUUAUGGUUUGGCCCAUUCUUUUUCUAUUUUCUUUGGUCAUUAGUUGUUUAAGAAUUAAGGUCAAGAGUAAUUUAAAUACAACUUCCUCCAUCGAUCGUUCAAGACAAGCCAAAGUAUCGAAGUAUAACUGCAGUAAUGCUUCAAGCUUGUUCUCAGAACCUGAAAGUCUAAUAAAAUCAUGACGAGCAGAAGAAAUCUUUUUAUGCAAUGUUGAAGUGCGCAGAUGAACAAUGCCUUGAAACUCUUCAUCAAUCAGCUUUUGCACAGCCUGCAAAACUCGAAGAAAUCGAUAUUGAAGUUCAUUGUCAAAAUUGAUCAUGAAAAAUGUAUCACACUUAAAUAUAAUAGGGAAUGUCCAGAAUCCAAGAAAGUGAAAAACAA